AUGAUGCGUCGAAUCGGAUUUGGCUUCUCUACGAAAACGUCGGGGCCUUUGAUGGCCAUGAAGACGGCUUACACCUCCCGCCAUGUCGACCUCCCCCCUACAUUUUUAACCUCCGCACCCAAAGAGCCGGUCGCAUGCUCACGGAUUGACUUUGAGAACUCCGAAGUUCCUGAAUUCAAAGACCACAAGGCCGCCAUUAUAUCCAAUGUGCUUUCUCUCGAGGAAUGCGACCAGCUGCUGCGGCUGGCAGAGUCCAGUUUCGAGCCUGGCAAGGAUGAUACCGACCCGGGGCCAUGGAGACCCGCGCUGCUCAACAUGGGGCCUGGUUGGGAAGUCUACGACAACAGAGUACGCCAUAGCGACCGUAUUGUCUGGGAUCAGCAGGAACUCGCCAACAGAAUAUGGGCGCGGUGCCUGUUAGCCGACGGAGUGGCGGACUUGGUGUCGACUACACCAGACGACUACAUGUCAGUCGACGGCAAAUGGGUCUUUGACUGCCCAAACCCAAGAUUGCGAUUCCUCAAGUAUACCAAGGGCCAGUUUUUCAAAGGACAUUGCGACGGCACAUUCAGAGAUGCCAAGGACGGCAAGGAAGUCAAGACGUUCUAUACGAUACAGCUGUACCUCGAUAACUUGGAGCCUAGCGAAGAGCUAGUCGGUGGCGCGACGAGUUUCCUUUCCCGCGAUGAAAAGAGACGAAUUGCCGUAGCGCCGCUCCCAGGAAGCGUGCUGCUUUUCCAACAGAAGAGCUUGUAUCAUGAAGGAUCGGUAGUGGAAAAGGGUACAAAAUACACCAUGCGGACAGACUUGCAGUACAUCUUUGAAAAGGACGAGACGGACGACACAGUAGAUGAACAGGCAGCGGGCACAGGAGGAACGAAUGCUUGA